AAAUCGCUUUCCUUUCCAAACUCUAUCUGAAAAAAAAAUCCCAAUCCUUCUCAUUUCCCGAAUCCAGACGCAAAUCUUUCCCGCUUCGAUUCUUCUAUACUUCGAUUUCCCAAUCUUCCCGCUCGCAGAGUGAUAAAAUGCGCCGUUGAGUGUAUUUAACCGUUUGUCGAUUUGUGUUUCUAGUUGUGGCGGAUUUUCCAUGGACCCGGAAAUGAAUGGUGGAGAUUGCAUUGAGGAUGCUUCUAUCGAAAGGAUUAAUUCUUUGUCUUCGUCGAAAGAGAUUGCUAAUCCUGUCGUUUACAAACUCGUUCGGGCCAUUAAUCAAGUGCUACCACAACUCAAUCCCCUUCCUUUUGGUUGAAGGUGAUGGAAGAUUAGUGCCUGCUACAGAUGAUGAGGUUAUGGAGGUUGAGGAUUUGCUUGAAGAUGAAAAAAGUGAAUUGCCUUUACUUGAAGAGCCUGGGGACACCGAACAAUGCACUUCCAGUGAAGGUUUCUUGUCAAAGAAAGCUAAUUUAGAGGGCUUAGAAGAUAUGCACAGGUUAUCAGAAUCUGAUAAUACAGAAGUCGAGGCAAGAAAAUUGAAUGCCAGGCUUGAGUAUAUCGAGGAGAUGUUGCAAAAGGUUAAACAGGAAGAGAGGCUUCGAUUAUCAUGCGAAUCUCCUGAUAAUUCUUCCAAGUACACAAACAUAGAUGGCCCUUCUGAUCAGCAUGACCGGUCGUCAGCUAGUAGUGAUAAGCUCCAUGCUGAUUAUUUCUUGCAGGAAACUGUCUCUUUGGUUUUGCCAAGAUUAAAUGAUGAUGAUACUACUCAAUCAGCAAGUGUUGAAACAUACCAGAAACCCAAGGAUGAGCCAAUCAUGGGUGGAUCUUCAGUUUCCGACAUUUGCACCAGUUCUAACUCCAAGCCUGAACUUUCUAUUGUAAAAGGAGAAAUCUGCUUGGACAAUCUUUCCAUAAGAGAACUUCAGGAAACUUUCAAAGCGACCUUUGGGCGAGAAACUUCUGUCAAGGACAAGUUGUGGCUCAAGCGGCGGAUAGCAAUGGGGAUGACUGGUUCUUGUGAUGUUUCAACGAGUGUCAUAAUCAAAGAGAAAUCUUUAGCUCGGAAGAAAGCGAAAAAAGCAGCACAAUUUAGGAUGGAGAGCAAUAAGUAUGAUGGUGGUUCUCAGCCUGCAGAUCAAAUCAUUGGACCAGCAGAUGAUAGUUGCAGAGGCCUGCCAAAUAAUUCGACUAACCUAACGGAAGAUGGCCAACGGGUUUUGUCUAGCAAGAGAUUGAGAAAAGCCAAAACAGAAUGGGACAUGAAAAGUGAAGAUCUCCAUGUGGAGCACACUGCAGCCAAAAGGGUUAGAAAGCCGACUAGACGGUAUAUUGAAGAACUUUCAGAAGUCGAGACCAGGGAAUGCAGUGGGAGAUUGGUUUCUUCAGUCAAAAAUUCUGGACAUGGCCAGUCCUCUCCGCAAUCUCGGAUCCGGCCUGUUUGCAAUCUUGGUUCUUUGGGAGCAGCUUUUGUUACUAGGCAGGACUCUUUUGGAGGAUCUGGUGUUCAAGUUCCAUAUGUCUCGAGGGUGCGAAGAGGACGCCCAAGAAAAAAUUUUAUGGCUCUUACGAAAUUCCAUCCUAAUGGCAUGGCAGCCAAAUUGGUUAGGAAGGCCCUUGGCGUGCGUGUUUCUCGACAGGAUGGUGAAAGUGGAAGCAGAAUAUGGAAAGCUAGAUCCCUUCCAAAACGAAUUGCUCAGCCCACUGUUGCUGAAACAGAAACAGAAGAGCAGCCCAUGGUAACAUCCAGCGGUGAGCAGCAGCAAGAUCUAGGCUCCGACAAAUUAGAUUCAUCUGGAGAUACCUCUGAUGACAAUGUUGCAAUUGUGCCUACCUCAAAAGGUGGGACCCGAAGGAAGCAUCACCGAGCUUGGACUCUUUGCGAGGUUAUGAAGCUAGUUGAAGGAGUAUCUAGGUAUGGAGCCGGAAGGUGGUCUGAGAUAAAAAAGGUUGCCUUUGCAUCUUCUAGCUACCGUACCUCAGUCGAUCUCAAGGAUAAAUGGAGGAACCUUCUUAGAGCUAGCUUCUCGCAAGCACCUACCGAGAAAGGGGUUGGGAGCUCCAGGAAACAUCCUUCCUCGAUGCCCAUCCCCACACCGAUUUUGGUCCGCGUAAGAGAGCUAGCCGAGAUGCAUUCGCAGGUUGGGCCUGAUCAGAGCUUCAGCAAGUUUGCUGGCCGCAGUAGAAGUUUACAUGAUACAAGGUCCCAUUGUGGAUAGAGCACAUCUGUAAAAUCACACUGAUAAAGCAAUAUGACAAUCUAAUUUGACUGUGAAUGGAUGGUUGAAAGUAAAAUAGCGAGUGAUCCAAAUUCAAAGGAAAAAAUUAACAAAUCAGAUGGUCUAUAUUGCCUUCUCAGUGCAGUUUUUUUUUUUU